AUGCACCUGCAGUCCCUGCUUUCUUUCGUCUCCCUCCUCAGCCUGAGCGUUGCAGCUUCGGUGAAUAAACGUCAAUCGACCGCAUGCAACAACUCCCCCUCCCUCUGCUCGAAACCCUACAACAGCAUCGUCCAUCUAGGUGCCCACGACUCACCGUUUGUCCGAGAUGCCUCCACCGACUAUUCAACGUCGGGCGACCAAUACUACAACUCGACAGUCCAGCUCUCGGCUGGCGUGCGUCUGCUUUCUGCGCAGGUCCACAAGUCCAACGGGGAAUACCACUUGUGCCACUCUUCCUGCGAUCUGUUGGAUGCCGGGGUCCUAUCGAACUGGCUAGAAGAGAUCAAGACAUGGCUGGAUAAUAAUCCGAAUGAGGUUGUCACUGUUCUCCUCGUCAACUCGGACAAUGCCACCCCGGAGGACUUGGGUGCACAUUUCACAACUGCACAGAUCACGAACUACGCCUACGUUCCUCCUUCAACGAGCACGCCUCCUGCAUCGGGCACCUGGCCGACCUUGCAAGAGCUGAUCAAUGCCAAUAAAAGACUUUUGGUGUUCGUGGCAUCCAUUUCGGACCCUUCAUCCAUCCCGAGCCAGUAUGCUUACCUGAUGGACGAGUUCACAUUUAUAUUCGAAAACCCCUACGACAACACCUCGCCCAGCAACUUCACCUGCCUCCCGGACCGGCCCACCGCCGUACAAGGAAACACCGAAGCGGCGAUUGCCUCCAAUCGAAUGGCAUUUACCAACCACUUCCUCUACGAAGAGGGCCUGUUCGACAUCGAGACUCCUAACGUGGCAGACAUCAACGUCACCAACUCGCCGGGCAACAGCGUUGGAAAUUUGGGGUAUAGCCUGUCCCAAUGUAACUCGAUGUACGGCAAACCGUCGACCUUUGUGCUGGUCGACUUCUUCGACCAAGGCCCCGCCAUCGCCGCCGUGGAUGCCAUGAACGGUGUCACCAACCCUGUGGGCCGCACCGCAGUGCCUCCGAGAGAUAGCAAAUCGAGUUCUGAUAGUCGGAGCCAGUCGAGUUUCCAGGGCGUGGUCAACCUCGUGAAUGAAGUCAAAGAAGGGCAAAAGCCAAAAUUGGGAGCCUGGAUUUGGGCUGCAGGGCAGUGGACAUUCGGCGGCAUCAAUCUGAGUGGCGGCAACGUCUUUCAGAAGUAA